UCUUCAUUCUUUUCUGUUUUUGCCGCUGAGUUCUGGUCUCUCCUUAGCUCGCACCAAUCUUUCCACAAGCAUGGCCCGCACGAAGCAGACUGCGCGCAAGUCGACCGGUGGCAAAGCGCCCCGCAAGCAGCUGGCGACCAAGGCGGCCCGCAAGAGCGCGCCCGCCACGGGCGGCGUGAAGAAGCCGCACCGCUACCGGCCCGGCACCGUGGCGCUGCGCGAGAUCCGGCGCUACCAGAAGUCGACGGAGCUGCUGAUCCGCAAGCUGCCCUUCCAGCGCCUGGUGCGCGAGAUCGCGCAGGACUUCAAGACGGACCUGCGCUUCCAGAGCUCGGCCGUCAUGGCGCUGCAGGAGGCCAGCGAGGCCUACCUGGUGGGGCUCUUCGAGGACACCAACCUGUGCGCCAUCCACGCCAAGCGCGUCACCAUCAUGCCCAAGGACAUCCAGCUGGCCCGCCGUAUCCGCGGCGAGAGGGCCUGAGGGACUGCAGCGCCUCCCGUCUCGAUCGCUAGGAAACAGUUCAUUAACCCAAAGGCUCUUUUCAGAGCCGCUCAA